CCCUGUAACGUAUUCGUUUCCGGUCAUAUGUCGGAAGUUUCGCGCUGCACAUGAAGAUGUAAUGUGAUUUAUGUCAGGGCACAACAGUGCAACCUCUUGAAAUAUAUCCCCAUUGGAAGUCGAGGGUCCUUUCAGUCAGACGAUCUUCAACGUUGUGAGGCCACAUGAUAAUUAUUAUUGAUUUUAAGGCAUCAAAAUUAUCGGAAUUUCGUCUGCCUUGAAUCAAUAUCCAUACCAUUGCCAUGUGCUUCUUCGUACAUCGAAGAAAAUUCUUAAUAAAACAAGUGUCUGAGCUGUGACAACUUGUAUCUUGCACGUAUAGACGCCGAGGGUCUCUCUUGGAGUGACGUCGUAGACUCAAAUUCGGCCAUUGCAUGUGAGGAGCCCUGCAAAUGUCAGACAAUAGAGGUCGAGAAGUUGUAGUGGAAAGUGAAGCCAUUGCGAUUGCAGCUGGUGACUGGCGUGGUGUGGUAAAUACCAUGAGGGCUGAUAUCUAGUGGGGAGAAGCAGCUGGACGGUCAAAGCAGCUGUCACCUCUGCCUAGUACUUAAAAUGAUGCAGGAGACGUCGUGUUUAACGUGUUAAACCGGGUGAAAUUCACUUUGUGAACUACGCGGACAUUACUUUGCGUUUGAUGCGUUGUGACAGUGCCACAUGCGCAAUUGGAUGCGUCGUGGAGUAGCAUACAAACAUGGACGUCUGGUGGUUGGUGAAAAUUUUGUGUAUGGGACUUUUCCGGUGGUAAAGUCUUUGACCAGGGACUCGUGUUAAUGUAAUAAUUGUGUUUAGCGUGUGGAGUGAAGUUUAGAGAUUCUGUGAGUGGCGUUUGUGUGUGAAACUUUAUGCGGGAGGAUGGAAAACAUGGGGGAAAUGGCCGAACAGCAUUCGCUUAGCGAGCCAUUACCAGAGACGGUCGAUUCGCCAGUUACAUCUACGCAUGCCGGACUUAGCAUGUCGCCCACGGAGCUAAGCCCCACUAUUUCACGUUCCGCCUUGGCCGGGUCAGUGCCCACAUCGCACGAGUCACUCACUGAGUCGGGGUCUGGAGCUGAACACGGUCACAUCCAGAUCAAAGAGGAGCUGCCUACCAGUGCCGAGGACUUGUCUGCAGAGGGUGCCGUGAGCGUGGCAAGCGACACCACCAAACACGAGAGCCUCUCUGUCAUAGUUCAGGCACAAGACGACUCACAUGACUCGGAACUGUUGAGUCCAGGGAAACUGUCGCCCACUUCAGGUAUUUCUGUAAGUGUUGCUAGCAUGAUCGACGCUACGGAUUUUCGUUCUCUGCAACCUGAACCUACGUAUCAGACUCUGACCUCUGUGAACGGCAGGAUGUCACCCCCAGGCUUUAGUCCCAGCUCCUCGUACGCUACCCUCACACCAUUACAACCCCUUCCUCCUAUCUCUACCAUGUCGGACAAGUUUGCGUACGGCCAUGCCAGCAACGUGUCUGGUUCCUUCACGGUCAUGCAGAACAACGGAUUGGGUAACAUCGGUCUCGGGAUGGGAGUCAACUCUCCCUACAGUUACGAGAAGCUUCAGUCCAUGAGCAUGUCACCGCCUCACCAUUACUCGUCUCCUAACAACGGACUCAGUAGCAUCGGGAUUCCUCAACAACACUCGCCUCUGUCUCCUCAGAGCUCGUACAGCCAGAACGGGUUGCAUUCUCCUCAGAAAAGCAUGUCGCCCAACAGCUAUGACUCGCCGUACACUCAACGCGACCUAGUGGGUCGAGCAACUCUAGUCGCCCCGCAGAGUCCGACACUCAGUCCCCCGUCAGCUUCGCUCCACUCGCCCCCGAACACCAUCGUGACGAGUUUUGGGGGUACAGCCACCUCCCUUGCCGCCGCCAGCCUCCCUACCAUCAACGGGCUGACGACCAUCACCCCUCACGCCUCCGUCGUCUCGCCUCACCAUUCACCACCGUCGCUCGUGGCCCAACAGAUCCAGAGGGAGGCUGUGGUCGUCGCUUCACCGUCUCCUCCGAGCUAUGUGCCUCAACAACAACCACAGCCGCCUCCACAGACACCGGUAGCAGUGAAGACCGUGCCCGCCUCCAGCGGGGGCGGUGGAGGCGGUGUAGGAGUGGGGGCUGGCGCGCCGGCAGGGGCGGGCGAGGUAGAAGAGAUCAACACGAAAGAGUUGGCGCAGAGAAUCAGCGCGGAAUUAAAGAGGUACAGCAUUCCGCAAGCGAUCUUCGCCCAGAGAGUGCUGUGUCGCUCUCAGGGCACGCUAUCAGACUUACUGCGCAACCCCAAGCCCUGGUCAAAGCUGAAAUCCGGUCGAGAGACAUUUCGUCGCAUGUGGAAGUGGCUGCAGGAGCCGGAGUUCCAGAGGAUGUCCGCUCUCAGAUUAGCAGGUAAGUGCUGGAACUCACCUGCCUACAACUCCCCGUGGAAUAUGAACACAGUGGACUUCAUAUACAAUGAGGCUGCACAGAUUCCACAACGAGGCACUUGCAAGAGGAAAGAAGAUGUACAGAACCAAGCCGACCACACGCCCACGCCCAAGAAGCCCCGAUUGGUUUUCACCGACCUACAGCGCCGUACUCUACAGGCUAUUUUUAAGGAAACAAAAAGACCAUCCAAAGAAAUGCAAGUGACCAUCGCGAGACAGCUGGGUUUGGAACCCACGACGGUAGGGAAUUUCUUUAUGAACGCGCGUCGUCGUUCGAUGGACAAAUGGAAAGAUGAAGACCCGAAUAAAACUACGGUUGUAACACAUGAAACAGAAGAACACUCCCCUGGCGCUGCAAGCGUUGUGACUGGUCACGGACAAGCGCUCCCACAGCAACAGCAACAACAACAACAACAGCAACAACAACAGUCUGACGUAUUGUGACACCAUGCAAGCUACCCCAUGCGAGAACAGCAACACCAUCUGGUGUUUCUGUGAGAAAAACCUUGUCGACCGACGAUAGCGCGGUGCUGGAUUCCAAAUCUAAUUUUGGUAAUUCGCUUCACAUGGGGGAAGGAAAAUAACACGUGUGUUGUGUUGUGGGACAGAUAAUAUUAUCAAGAACCAAUGUUCAUAGAAAUUUUGAUAUUGAUCGUGCAGUAUGCAUGGAAUUAACUUAGGAGUUUCAUGACGAUUAGUGAGAGUCAUUCACAGGCAAUGUCGAGUAACUGUCAGACAAGUGGCGAAAAACCUAACCUAACUUUCUCGUACGUGAGGAACAUAGCUACAAUAAAACGAGUAUGAUAUCGGAUCAUCCUCGGGGACAUGAAGCCGGCACAAAAUUAUGUAAAAAAAAGUUUUAAUUUAUAUUCGUUGGAAAGAAAUCUGUGACCAGCUGUCGAUUUCCAUACGCUACUUUGCAUAGCAUACACUACUAUGAUGAUGGAAAAGUUUUGUUUCUUGGAGGUAAAAUAUAUAUAUAUAUAUAUAUAUAUAUAUAUAUAUACCAUAUAUAAAAAAACUUAGCGAUGUGAAGCACGGAUAAAAUCCAAGUUGUCUCUGGAGCAGAUGUUUGUUUUGACAAGUAAAUAAAAUAACUUUGAUCUCAGGGGUUUGAAUGCAAAUGUGUCAGCCGGUACAGAGAGGCAACCGUACAGUCUUUGCGAAGAGAAGAAUAAUUUUCUGUCCCUCCAGGAACCAACACUGAUAUUUCAUUAGGGAAAUUAAAACUUAGCUUGAGUGUAUGUUAAACAGUGGUGGUAGCACUGGAUUUAGGGAUAUUUUGUAAUACCGGUUUUCUUGACCAAUUGACCAUUCCACGAUCUCAGCUUGGAAUCAUGUUCAAAUAGUAGUCUAGUCAACACAAAGAGUCUUUAUUACUUAUAUUCUAGUCCUAAUUUCUUUUGCUGUGUUCAUGUUAACCAAAGUAAGUUCAUUUCUUUUGAGGUUAAGUUUGUUGUGAUAUGUUAUAUUAGAUCUAGUCUCAACACUGAAUUCUCCGAUGGAGAGUGAAACAUUCCAACCAAGAGUAUUAUUAUGUUCAUACGGCUACAAGAUUUGAUUUGUUAUUAUUUUACACGACUUUUUUUUUUUAAGUCUUUGCUCACUUGUGCUAUGGACCGGAGCGUCAUAAAGGUUUAACUAAAUAUCUGAGCAAUAGCCAGCCUUUCUUGUGUGUUGCUGUUUGUCCUUGGUGUUUAGUGACCCUGCACACUCAAUUAUCUAUUGUUAUAUAUUGUACCCCAAUCUCCUUUACUUAACAUUCAAGGCCUCUGGAGGUCUCUUCGUUUCGUACUUACAUUUGUCGCUAGAUGUCUCCGAGCAUCGUUGACCAUUACAGAUACACGUAUCUGGCCAGGAGCUGUACGGUGUUGGAGGGGGAAACCGCCGAGCAUUUGCGCACGCGCUGUCUUGCCCUUUCCACCUUCCCCUACACAUCUUACUGCGACGUAGCUCCGGCUCGGAUAUAUUUUGCGACAAUUAAUUUUUUGUAUUUAUUUUGUUAAAUUAUUGAUGUACAGUAAUUUAUUUGUAUUUAUUGAGUUAUGCAUGGCACGUAAUGCAAGGUUUGGCUGCACUAUCACGAAGGUAGCAGAAUAUCUAUUAGCAGUGUUGCUAGGCGUGUGAUUGCUUUUGGAUUGACCAAUAUCUCGUUCUUCUCAUCUCCUGUGUUUUAGAGUAGCUCGAUAUUUUUUUUUCUAGGUUGUACAUAUAACUAACAGUGUCAGGUGAACGGGGCACUGAUUUCAUUAUCUUGACAAUUUCCAAUGACUUGCUCUGAACGGACUACAUCUCUUGCAAUAUUUUGAAGGACUAGAUCGUGAUUAUUGGGUCAAGCUAGUGAUUUGUCUAAUAGAUAUGCACAGAUUUUUACAUUUUUAUAGUGUACUUCAUUUGUAGCAAAGCAACUAUAUUAUUCUUUUCUACUUAUUACCAAAGAGCUCAAUGUUAAAUAAAAUCUGUAAAGUAAGUGUUUGAUUUAUGUUUUAUUACGAUAUUUUGUUGAACUUUGUUCUACCUUGUAGGCCUAGGCACUGGUGCCAUUUGGCGGACCAAAAGCUAAAUCCAUUCUGUUUAGCUGUUCCUUAUAAAAUUCAAUCAAGAAUUAUUGAAUAAUGGUGUUAAUUAAUUUAGCGAAUUACUAUGUUAAUGAGUGCACAAACGGUUCCUACAGUGGCAAGAACCGAAUUCACUACGAGUUCUAGUCAUUUGGACACUCAUCGGUCGUGUUAACAAUACUCGAGAAAAUAACCCGAAUUUUCGGUUCUUGCCAUGUGCAUUAAGUCUGUACUGUGCAAUAAUUCUAUUGGGUUUUUCGUGUGAAUUGUAUCUUGAUAACAUAUCAUUGUGGAAUUUUUUUUUUUUGUAUGUGUUGAGGUAAGAUGGGCGAAAACUUUCUAUUUUUGGGUUUCGUCAGUGAGACAUUGAUGUUCGUGGAACUCGGAAUUCUGCCCAAUGUGGAGUCUGUAGCAUCUUAUAGAUUGCAUCCGCUCUCGUAAAGUGCAUAUUGCAUUUUUGAGUACGUUUAGUCAUUAAGUGAUAACAUUCCUUUUAGCGACACGAAGUUAUGCAUUAAAAUAAAAAAAUAUACCAGGUACAAGUGCAGACUGUGUUUUAGGAAGAGAAUUUCUUCAACCUGAAUGAACCUAAUUAUUAUUAUUAUUAUUAUUGUUGCUAUUACAAACUCCACUCUGAAAUUUUCGGAGCAGUCAUUGUGAUCACACAUACAUUUAUAAAAUGUAAUAAGACAAAUAAUAAUGUUUAGCGACUUUUUUUGGUGGGAGAUAAUCUAUGCAAACUGCAGAUGGUUCACUUAAAUCUGAUACAUUAGUUAUGUAAGCAGCCCUCCACCCUCAUAGGUUGAACUGAUAGAACGUGCACAGUAUAAAUGAAAUUGAUAAUCGAAUAAGGUGAAUACCGUAACACAAAUACAAAAUAAUCUCACCGUAGCCAUCGACUUCCGUUACGACACGCGUAGUUCCGGAAGUCAGUGGCCAGGGUGCGUUGUGUCUGUGACCUUGAAUAUUUCGGAAGAAGCAAGUAUGCAAGUAUAUCAACUUCCGCUGCCCUCAGAUGAACAGAACACGAUGCAAUCAAUAAUUUUGUGUAUAAUAUCACUUUACAGAUAAUAAAAAGAUGGGAGUGUGGGUUGAAUACUGAUCACUUGCUGAAACUAGGCACUGUACCACUCUGCUGUCUGCGUCUCGCAUCACACUUGUAAAAUACAUUUCAUUGUGACAGUGAAUAGAACCAUAGCGUUAAUGAA